UGGGCCGAGCUAGAGCGGGGCUGGAGGCCACGGGGGUCCCGCGCCGAGAAGCUGCCUGGCGCAGCCCUGCUGGGUUGGGCUCGAGCCCCGCAGUUUCCAGCGUUGGGUGCCACCAAGGUUGUUCCCCUGCCCCGCAUCCCAGCUGGCUGCCUCCCUGCGCUGACCAUGCCAGGGGCCCAGCAGGCGACACGCCCCCUGGCUGGCCUGGAGCGCAGCCCCUUCCCCACUCGUGUCUGACUCCAGCACCCACUGGCGAGCUAAGCCACUGGGGGGGGGGUGCUACUAACGUGCCCCAUGCCUAGCAGGCUCGGGGGGAACAGCCCAAGGAGUCCACAGAAAGCAGGGCCCCGGGCUGACAUGCAGGAGACAGCCUGCUGAAAGACACAUUGGAUGCUGCUCUCAACCCGGCUUUCUCAGUGUCACUUUAAAAAAAACACCUCAUACAGCUACAAACCCAAGAAUGAGCGAAUGGUCUGCUGCUAUGUUAAAGACUGGCCUAGGGGCCAUGAAGCUGAACGAGCGUAGCCUGGCAUUCUAUGCCACCUGCGACUCCCCCACUGACAAUGCCGGCUUCCUCUUCAAGAAGGGUGAGCGGAAUACGGCCUACCACCGCCGCUGGUUCGUGCUGAAGGGCAACAUGCUUUUCUACUUCGAGGAGCGGGAGAGCCGGGAGCCGGUGGGCGUGAUCAUCUUGGAGGGCUGCACGGUGGAGCUCUGCGAGGCCACCGAGGAGUUCACCUUUGCCAUCAAGUUUGACUGCGCCAAGUCGCGAACCUACAUCUUGGCGGCUGAGAGCCAGGCUGCCAUGGAGUCCUGGGUCAAGUCCCUGUCGCGUGCCAGCUUUGACUACUUGCGGCUGGUGGUGAAGGAGCUGGAGAAGCAGCUGGAGGAGAAGCAGGAGGGCCUGGCUGACAGUCGAAGCAUCCAAAGGAGGUCACCAAUUUACCGGAAAACCAAGUCGGCUCUCUGCUUGGACACCAUGUCUCCAGCUCUGGAGCUGCCACCUCCCCGGGAGAGACCCAUGGUGCUGCCUUGCGCCCCCCUGAAAGAGAACGGCUGUGCCGUGUGGAAUAACAUUCAGUGCGUGGAUACCCUGCCAGCUGGGGAUGUCCUCGGGGGCCUUGCUGACUCAAGGACCAUGAGGACAUCUGCAGGCGGCAGCCACGAGGGAAGCGUGAAGCCACCUCCUUUGCCGCCUCGCAGACGCGCAUCAUCUGGCAAUACCUGUGGCCCCGGGGCCCUGGUGGCAGACAGCCCGGUGUGCCCAGGCACGCUGUGUUUCUCUAAGCUCCACGACUGGUAUGGCAGAGAGAUCACUGAGCUGAGGAGAGAGUGGCUGGAGAGCCACAAACUGUGACGGAGGUUCUGGUGGGUGCAGGGGUGAGUGCAAUGAGAUGAGGCCAGGGGACGGGGGGUGGGGCUCAUUUGGAAACACGAAGCCAUCUCUGAAGUUGGCCUGGCUGCGAAUGCCGCCUGAGACGCUGUCUCAUGCUGCCGAUCUGUCAGCAGGAUGGGGAACUCCUGCAUGCUGGGAACUUCGCCUGCCCAGUGUUGCAUGCCCGGCUCCAGCAGUGAUCCCAUGGGUCGCUGAGUCUUGUCUUUCCAUUGCCAGCACCAGCUUUGAUGUGGAAGUGGAGACAGUUGGUUUUGAAGUCUGCUUCUGGAUUUAGGUACCUGACCUGCCCGUUGCUGGCAAUGGACUUCAUGGCACCUUGGAGACAAUGGUCUCUUCUGAGUCAAAGUGGCUUUGUGUCCAAACCCCUCAGGCCAGUGUCGAUCAUUGAAAGUCAUUUCCUGCACUAACACGGGGCUCAGGCACUUGCUGGUCCAGCACCACAGCUCAGGAGGGACACGCUUGGGGCUCUCAAAGCGUGUGUCGUUGCUUGCAGACUGUCUCUGUAACGGUAGGGUGACCAGAUGGGAACUGUGAAAAAACAGGACAGAGGGUGGGAGGUAAUAGGCACCUACGUAAGAAAAAGUCCCAAAAAAGGAACUGUCCCUUUAAAAAUGGUCACUCUAUGUAACGGUCUUCCUGAAAUUAUUCUGGAGUCUGACAUCCCGUGAGUUGUUGGAGUCAGAAAAGAAUGUGCUAGAGCACCUGGGCAGCUAGAAUCGCUGCUUCCGGGGGCAUUUCUCAGCCUCUCAGUUUUGGAGACAGCAGCUGCUGAAAUCACAUCAGUGUGGAAGUAGGAGAAGCAAGAAAGUGACCGAGAUGCUGUGAUUUUUACACUCUGAUACCUUGUGACCUGUUGCCACUUUCCAUGAUGCCACCGGAAAGCUGGGACCCCAGUUAACAUUGGCCUAAAUAAUUCUUUCCAGCCCUCCUGGUUUUAUGGUACGAGAACUUUAAAAAUAUGGGCCUGCAUUAAUUCCUUUGGCCUAGCAAUACUAGUUUGGGUACCAAUCCAGGCUGGAUUAUAGAUGGGUAAUUCUUAGUUCCUGGGUUGUGCCUAGCUCAUUCUUGGCCAGUUAUCCGGGAAAGGUGUCAUUACCAUGGUUUUCAGCCUGUGGCCGGCAGAGCCUGGGGAGCUCACAGACUGUGUCUAAGGGGUCCGGAAAAGGUGUCAUUACCAUAGAACAGUGGUUUUCAACCUGUGGUCUGUGCUGCCGACCCCCAAAGAUUUCCAAAAGCAUCUGGAUGCCCAGACAUCGAUUUUUUAGGGGUCCGCAAAUGAAAAAAGGUUGAAAACCACUUGUCUAGGCCAAAGAGCAGCACAAGCCUUGGUGUGAAUAUUUGUUCUAGGUCUGUGGUGUUCAGGAUUUAACAUUUUUGGUCUGGGCAGAAAGAAGGUCAAACAACGCCACAGUUUCUUGGUUUUCCAGGUGAAAAUCAGCUGAGCUGGAUAAAAGCAUUUGUUCCUUAAAGAAGGAUGGUUUUCCUUCUUGAAACUAGAUCAGGCAACACAGCCAGGAGAGAAGGUGCUUUGCUAGAACAGGAGUUUGUUUUUUCCCUUCAGGAAAAAGGUCUUCACCUAGCUGCUCCUGCUCUGGCAGCUGUUGCUGUGGUCCUGGGGGCUGCAGUGCCAGGAGCUCACCCAGGCCUGAAGCUGUUGCCCCUACAGCGGGGGCUGACUGCUGCUCCAGCCCUGCCGCUGUGGUGAGCUGAACCCAACGAUGUCCUAGAGAUUCCCUUGAAGUCAUGGAAUCCGUGACCGAAUCAGAUCCUUAGCGAUUGCUGAACGUCCUACCCCGAGAGUUACAUGGGAAGACUUCCGUGAAGUGAGUUAUUUUCAGGCAUAAAUGGCUGCAGCACCGGGGCUUCUGUUUGGAGCACAACCACAGUGCUUGGGCAGAGCAUGGGUUGCUCUGUUUUUUACAUAUGACCGUGUAAAGCAGACUUCCUACUAACAGUGGGGUCUUCGUCCAGGACUAGGAUUCCUAGGCACUAUGGUAAUAGAAUGAGUAUUAAUAAGAAGUGUCUGGUUGUGUCUGAAGGGGUUGUAGCAAUGAACACUGCAGGGCUACGGCAAGGGAAGCGCAACACGAAUUUCAAUGGAAAUGUUCACCUUUCCAAGCUAAUUUCAAAUCAGCUUCUGUAAUUUAUAGAGGAAAUGCACAGCAGCUCAGUGAUUCAGUACCCAGAAAGGCACUUGCUCAUGGAUAUAAAUUUAGCUUGCAAAGAACUGAAAAAUCUGGUGCAUUUUAGCACAGUGAGGAACUGAAGGCUUGUGGUGGUUCCUUUUUUAACAUUUUUUAUUGCUGAAAUAUUUUAAGUUUUACUCUCUCGUGUCAGUUCCAUUGUAGGACAACAUCUGCAUUGAAGAGAUGCAUAUAUUAUUGCAACUCCUGGCUCGUUGAGUGAUGUCCAGUUCUUGGGAAUAUUUCACACUCCUAAGACUGCCUAAAUAGAAAAUGGCCUCCCUGAGCAUAAGGUCUGAGGUCAUUUCCAUGCACCUUGUUUUGUGUUCCUUGUAUGUACUGUAUAACAUGCCACAGAUUCACUGCUC